AUGGCGCCAUAUCAAGCAUUCUAUGCACAAAAGUGUCGUAUGCCAUAUUGUUGGCUUGAAGAUGGAGAGAAACAAUUUAUAAGUCAUGAGAUUGUCCAUAAGGCCACCGAGAAAUUGAAAGUAAUCAGAGAAAGAAUGUUAGUAGCUCAAAAUCAUCAAAAGAGCUAUACAGAAAAAAAGAGACAGCCAAUUAUUUUUGAACUUGGAGACCAAGUGUUACUUAAAGUCUCUCCAUGGAAGGGACUUAUUAGAUUUGGGAAGCGAAGGAAGUUGAUUCCAAGCUUCAUUGUUCCAUUCAAAAUACUUCGGAGAAUUGGAAACCAAGCUUACAAGCUAGAUUUGCCAAAGGAACUGGAAGGUAUUCAUAACACCUUUCAUGUUUGCUACUUGAGGAAAUUUAUAGGAGAAGUUAUUGAUAUGAUUCUACUUUCAGAGUUAAGAAUCGAUGAGAACAAAAGGUUGAUUGAAGAACCCGAAGCGAUUGUUGACCGAAAGAGGAAGAAGUUACGACGUAAGACAGUCGAAUUGGUGCUUGUGCAAUGGAAACAUAUGGUUGGGUAG